CCUAGUCUCGCCUCCUCCACUCACUCUACCCCUCUCAUCACCAGUACCAUGCCACUUUUUGAUCACGGCUUUAGUCGGCAGAACGGCACUGUUAUCUUUGAUGCUCUGCGAUAUCUACUCCAUGGACAAGUGCGGCCGGAAAUAUGGAAAGCGCAUGUCGUCCUCGCAGACUAUACCUCGCGACCGGGCUUAUUCGCGUUGUGUUGUCGCCACACGCCUCCUCCACCAUCCCCUUAUAUGUGCAGCCAAAUAUAUCGGUAGUAUAUCUGUCGGUGCGCAUAGUUGCCUUUAUGGGGCUGGCGGAUGCGCGCUCACUUGGGUUGUCCAGUCCACCGACCGGACCAACACUGUCAGAACCACACGAAGUACAGUACACUGUGCCACCGAUGCAGUAGACGGUAGUGAGUACCCGGUCAAAAUGGCGAAUUCUGGGGAGCAUGGAUGUGAUACAACAUUCUCCUAGCCAGGAAGCACGACAGAUUCGGCUCGUCCAGCCUCUCUUUCAUUGACCAUGUCUGAUUGGAAAUUUCCCCUGAACAAUCAUCG